GCUUUGUUUAAAAUCUUAACCUAUGGUUAUUAGAGACAUUUAUAAUUAAUUGAAUGAAUAAGCCAACAUGUGGAGACUCAGUCUAUUCUCUGUUUAAUGGAGGUGUUGCUUGUAGUCCAAGUUCAUGUGGAUAAUUGAGUUAAUGUUUACCUUUGAUUUUAAAGAAGGAUUCUAGUUUUGGAGUAUAAUUGAAAGGGUGUUGUAGAAAAUCAAUACUUGAUCCAAAUGCAUUAAAUAUUAUUAUAUAUAUACUGAUUAUCCCAGUAAUAGGAAUAGGAAGUUUGGGUGCUUUAGGAGGUAAAUUGUUAGUAAAUAUAAUUUAAAGGAGGAACAGUCAAAAGACCUUUUCUAUAAGCAAUCUUAAAUUAUGAUUCAGAUAUAGCAGGAGAUAUUACAUCAUGCCUAAUGUUUAGCGCUCAAUUAGUGAAUAUGAUUUUCAUUUUUUUCUAGAAGUAAAGAUCUGAAUAAAUUUAGUCAUCCUGAUGUAGAUGAAAGACCAAUAAUAAAUUAUGAAAUUGGUCUUAUAUAUACCUUAGGAAUUCCUAUUAGUAUGUGCAUGGGAAGUGAAUUAGCAAAUUUUCUACCUUUGUUACCAUUACUAUCUUUUUAAGUGUUAUUUUUUGUUGUGAUUUCUCCAGUUUUACUAUAUUAUGCAAAAAAAUAGGAUAUUAUUGAAAAGAGUAAAGAGACAAAUCACGAUUUAAGAAACUAAUCAGCUCUUUUAAGUCUUACAGAAAUGAAAGAAUAAAAUUAGUAUAGUGAUAAUUAGGCCAAACUUUAUAAAAUAUUUUAUGAUGAACAAUGCUAAAGAUUUCCGUUAACUCCUAUUCUUAUAACUUUAUUUAAUUUUGCAAUUAAUGAAGUAAUUUUUCAAAGUAUUAAUUAGUUAAUUUUAUUAUUGAGAUCUUCCCCUUAAAAUUUAUCACCUUACUUCUUUCCUGAUGGUAGUACUUUCAAUGAUGAUAAUAAAGAUAAAGGACCUUGUAAACCUUGGAAUUUUUAUGUAGUUUUAUUAUUAAUUGCUGUUAAUAUGAUAAUUACAACAUUGGUUUAUUUUUUUUAAAGAAAAAAAGAGUUAUUGAAAGACACAAUAAAUUUUUAUAAUCAUGAACGGUACUAUAAUAAAUUUGAAAAAUUCUUUUUAAUUUAUACUGCAGGUUGGGCAACUGGUUUUGUUGCAGGAUUUGUUGGUAUGGCUGCAGGAUUAAUGAUGGUUAUAACAAUGGUUCAAUUUAAUUUGAUAGCAGCUGUUGCAGGAGCCACUGCAAAUUAUUGCUAUUUUUUAAUUUGCUUAUAGGUUUUUACAGAACUUAUUGUUAGCAAUACAUAAGAUUCAAUAAUAUCUAUAGGAGAUUAAUUUUUUUUUUAUGGAUUGGGGGUAUUUUUUUAAUUAUAUUAAUUGAAUAGAUAAUUGGAGUACUUACAUUUACUAAUUUAGGAUAUUACUUUUUAAAGAAAUAUAAGUUUGGGCAUAUAAUCUUUUACAUUGAUUUUGGCAUUGUCAUUUUAAAUAUUGCUGGAAACAUCGCUUGGGGAGUAGAAAAUAGUGAUAGAUAUGGAUUUCUUGCUUUAGAGUAACAACCUUUUACAUGUACUUCUUAUAGCAAUUGA